AUGCUUCCCAUUAGACGAGCCGUGGCCUUCCACGCCGCGAGAACCUGCCGCCAGUUCCUCCCCCGACACGUUGCCGCUCCGCGACCGAUCCGAUCGAGCCUGUACACGACUUCUGCCCGUUUGCGACAGAAUGCCUUCCACUCCCAGCUCGAGAGCCACGCCGCCGCGGGGCCUAGCGUCAUCCAGAACCCCCAGACUAUGACGGAAAAGAUCGUACAGAACUACUCUGUCGGUCUUGCUCCUGGAAAGAAGGUUCGCACGGGUGACUAUGUCACCUUGCAACCGCACAAGAUAAUGACCCACGACAACAGUUGGCCGGUCGCUCUCAAGUUUAUGGGCCUGGGUGCUACGAAGUUGCAUGACAAGGAUCAAGUCAUCUUGACUUUGGAUCAUGAUGUUCAGAAUAAGAGCGAGGCCAAUUUGAAGAAAUACAGACUCAUCGAGGAAUUCGGAAAGAAGCAAGGGACAUUCUUUUCCGGAGCCGGAGAUGGCAUUGGCCAUCAAAUCAUGAUUGAGAAUGGAUUCGCCUGGCCUGGCACAGUGACCGUGGCUUCGGACAGCCACAGCAACAUGUACGGUGGAGUCGGCGCUUUGGGAACUGCGCUCGUACGAACUGAUGCUGCAGCCGUCUGGGCUACUGGAAAGACUUGGUGGCAGGUGCCCCCGAUCGCCAAGAUCACUCUCACUGGAACUCUGCGCCCAGGAACUACUGGCAAGGAUAUUAUCGUGGCACUCUGCGGUCUGUUCAACAAGGACGAAGUUCUGAACCACAGCGUUGAAUUCGUCGGAAGCGAAGAGACCAUGCGAAGCAUCCCAAUUGACGACCGAUUGACUGUUUCGAACAUGACCACCGAACACGGCGCUGCUGCCGGAAUCUUUCCCAUGGACUCGGUCUUGAAGGCCUGGAUGACAGCCAAGGCUACUACGAACGCUAUGCUCAACGUGGAGGGGCCCGCCAAGACAAACUUCACUCACGAGCGUAUCGAGAAACUCUUCGAGAACCCCGUGAGAGCCGACCCAGGCGCGGUCUACGCCAAGGAACUGUACCUGAACCUCGACACCCUCUGCCCCUUCGUUGCUGGGCCCAAUUCUGUCAAGGUUGCAACGCCUUUGCAUGAACUUGAAGCUCAAGAUAUCAAGGUCGACAGGGCAUACUUGGUUUCAUGCACGAACUCUCGUGCCUCGGACAUCGCAGCUGCAGCUCGCGUUUUCCGUGAGGCUUCGGAGAAGGGCUCACCGGCUAAAGGCACCGGUCUGCUUGAGCCAGGCGAAGUCGGAAUCUCAGCCUCUAACCGCAACUUCAAAGGCCGCAUGGGUUCGACUGACGCUAAGGCCUACUUGGCCAGCCCCGAAGUCGUCGCAGCCAGUGCAUUGCAGGGUAAGAUCGCCGGGCCGGGCUGGUACCAGAAGCCGGAGGGCGUCGACAAGGUCAUCAUCGGCGAGGGUGUUGGUGACAUCACCGCCGACAUCUCUAGCAGCAUCGAGGAUGCUCUUGAGAAGCUGAUCUCUCAAGCCGACGACCUUAUUGCUGAGUCCGAGAAGGGCUUGACAGGCUCCCCUGAAGGCGAGGCUGCUGCCGCUGAUGGCGAGGAGACGCUGACCGAUGUUCUCCCCGGAUUUCCUGAGAAGAUUGAGGGCGAGAUCGUUUUUUGCGAUGCAGACAACCUCAACACUGAUGGAAUCUACCCCGGAAAAUACACGUACCAAGACGACGUCACAACCGAGAAGAUGGCGGAAGUCUGCAUGGAGAACUACGACACAGAGUUCCGUCAUAUUGCCAAGGCAGGAGACGUCCUUGUUUCUUCAUACAAUUUUGGUACCGGCUCCUCGAGAGAGCAGGCCGCGACCGCCAUUCUCGCUAAGGGCAUUCCCAUGGUCAUCGCCGGCAGCUUUAGCAACAUCUUUAGUCGUAACAGCGUCAAUAACGCGCUGAUGGCACUCGAGGUCCCGAAGCUGGUCGAGCGUCUGCGCGAAGCUUUCAAGGGUGAGAAGGAGAAGGUUCUUACUCGUCGCACGGGAUGGAAGGUUCUUUGGGACGUCAAGAGGAGCAAGGUUGUUGUCACAGAGAAGGACGGCGCGAGCUGGAGCGUCAAGGUGGGCGAGCUGCCGCCCAACGUACAAGAAAUCAUCGCCAAGGGUGGUCUUGAGAAGUGGGUGAAGAGUCAGAUUUGA